ACUUUGGGUUUGGAGCAGAGCACUCCUGGAGGUCUGCAUCUCAGUCCUUGGGGAACAAACCCUCCAGAUGCUAUGCAUGGGGUAUACAUAUUACGUUCAGGGCAUCCAUACUGGACAAAGGAGUUCCAAAAAAAAAAAUUUUUCUUACUAAAAUAGUGGACAGGGCAAGAUAGGUCUUGUCCAGCAGGAUGAGGAGCACCUGCCAAAGCCAGCAAGAAAGCUGGUGUCAGCACCUCGGAGAAGGCACCCCAGAGCUGUACUGAAGGAGGCCGGAAGACUUGGGACUUGCUCCAGAUGGACAGUGUGUGGAGAAUGAGUGCAGAAAAAUUUGGUCACUCCUACGCAGCGGGAAGUUUUCCUGUCCCAAUGACAACAAGCCUGUUAGUGGCCCCAAUGGGAAAACCGGCCUCAACAAAUGUCUGAUGUGCAAACGGCUGCUGGAAAGAUACUCGAAAAACAAAGGGAGUGGUGGAGAGGCAAACAGGAACGUGAACUCCUCAAGAGAGGAUGACUGCCGAGAAUUUCGGGAUCUGUUCCAAAAAGGGAAACUUUCCUGCACAAGAGAAAAUGACCCUGUCCGGGAUUCCUCUGGGAAGCAACACAGCAAUAAGUGCAUCAUGUGUGCAGAGAAGUUCAAAAAGGAGAAUGAGCAGAAGUUAUCUAAAAACAGACAAGAAAAAGAUAAGGAUGACUGCAGUGAGUAUCGCUCCCAGUUCGAGGCUGGCGGGAGGCUGUCCUGCACGAGGGAGAAUGACCCUGUUCGUGAUUCUUCGGGCAAGCAGCACAGCAACAAAUGUCUCAUGUGCGCUGAGAAGUUCAAAAAGGAAGCCCAAAGAGGAGGCCAGUCUGGGGCAACUGCCCAGCACAGCCAAGCGCUCACUUCAGAGAGGAAAACUGAGAAGAGCUGCAGCGGCUUGGGGUCACAGCAGGGAGCGAGUGGGCAGCGUCCCUUCUCAGCAAGCAGAGGCCCACAAGGAGACCCAGCUCAGAGAGGUGGAAGCUAUGACCCUGGCCUUGACCACAAAGGACAGAGCCGAGACAUGGACACCUACCAGCCGCUGGACUGUGAUCGAAUUCUGCACGGGGUAAAGGGUGGAAGGAUUUUCUGCAGCAAAUCCUCACAACCCGUCUGUGGCACUGAUGGGAAAACAUACAAAAAUGAAUGUGACUUGUGUUCAGCUGCCAUGAGAGCUUCAGACUACAUCACAGUAAACUACCAAGGUGAAUGCCGAAAGCCUGUCCCAGAAGUGCAGUAAUGGAGUUCAGACUGCCAGCUGAUAUCAGGGAUCGGCUGUGACCAAAGGGCAAGUAACGGAAGAUUGAUUUUAAGCACCAAGGGAAUGGACAAGUCCUCGGUGUUGUCAAAGCUGCCUUUAUCCCCCCACUGCGUGGAGGACAGCCCCAUCCUUGCUCAGGUGGAGGGAGGAGUGCUCAGGGGACCCAGCUCGUGUUUCCCCAGGUCUGGUUCACGGGUGCUGGUCCAGGCUUAGCUCUGCUCAGGCUCUUUGCCACAUCACUGUGUCUUGGUGUGCUUCUACAAUAAAGAUAACUCAGCAGAAUCCUGUCACUGUCCUUCACUAAACCUCCCUGGGGGACCUGCCAGGCUCCCUCUGUCUUUACACUAAGCAUCUGUUAGACAAUAAAUGCAGAAGACCCUUGGGUGCAUCAGCCGCUGUAAAUAUGUGGUGAAGAUCUCAGGCCAGAAGAGGAAGAGUGUGGUCCAGGGCUUUAUGAUAAGGGCCUGGGAGGGUCAGGUUUUCUCUCUGACUCAUUGCAGGGUCUUGGGUAAAUCACUUCACCUCCCUUCAGCCCUUUUCUCUUUGCCUGUAAAACGGACA